AGAUAUGACAGAGAUGGAAAAAUUCUUAUUAUUGAUAGAAAGAAACAGCAUUGGGAUUAUGUGAGGAGGCAAAAAGAAGCAUAUUAUGAGAGAAGAGAAGUCUCAAGAUUGUAUCCCAACAAAUGUCUGACUAUUAUCAUGGAUGGAAUGGACCAGAAAAAAACAAACAUUCCCAUUCUUUUCUCAAAAUCUCGGAAUUCUAAACAGAUUGCCAACCUUCAACAAGUCAGGACUCAUCUGCUGGGCUUACUUGUUAACACAGAGAUUCAGGUAUCAGGAGCAAGGAAAGUUGGAUAUGGGUAUUUUGAUCUUCUCCAGUAUCCCCAUGACUCCAAUCUCAACCUGACUGUUUUACUGCAAACUUUACUGGACUACAAAGGCAGCAUGGGAAGGGAAUUCCACUUGCAAACAGAUAGUGCCUCCGAUAACAAAAAUAAGAUAGUUCUUGGCUUCCUUGGCAUUAUGGUUCACCUUGGUAUUUUUGAAGAGUGUUAUCUGCACAUGCUUCCUGUUGGUCAUACCCAUGAAGACAUCGAUGCCAUGUUUUCCAACUUUUCUAAUCUGUUAAAGGCUGAUAUAAUGACUUUAGAAGAUUUGAUUAAUACUUUUCAGAAAUUGAGUUUCAUCAAGGAAGGGAAAUUUGUCAAUGUUGUCUGGGAUUUCAAAGAGUGGGUGUUAAAUCAUCUUGUCAACAAUCAUGGUCUAGGAGAUCAGUUUGAAUUUAGAAUCCAUACCCUUGACAAAGAAAGCAGGACACCCAUAUUCCACUAUAGAAGGGGUGAAGGGGAGAGAUGGCUGCCAGACAUUGAAGAUGAAAACACCUAUGAACAUCAACAGGACAAGUGUGGGAUUCAAAUUUUUAAGGACAUGGGUUUUUUGAAAACAAACCCUAAAUGCGUGGUGCCUACAGAGAAAAGCAUGCACCUAAGCAGAAUACUUCAGGAAACCUGCCCAAAGUUGUUAGAGUCUGGACUUCUCAAACCUGAUGAGAAGCAAUGGUGGGAAGAGUUCUCAUCAACAGUGAGAGAAAGCUAUCUUACACCACCAACCAAUAUAAAUUUUCCCUUGGAAAACUUGAUAAGGAGAGAAUUGAGUGAAUCUCCCACCUCCAUUCACCCAGUAGAGAGAACCCUCCAAGAGCUGGAUGACAGGACAAAGAGAAAGUCAUUAGUAUACACUGGCGGGUACUUGAAACAAAAAAGGAGGAAAACAGCUGGCUGAAUUACAUGAAUAAAUAUGUUUU